UCUCCCUAAAAUAUACAAAAUAUCAUCGGUUACAUAUUAUUCACCGAAAAUGUACUAGUUAUCCAUUCAGGAUUUCAAGAACAGAUUUACAAUUUGGACACAGGAACGGAGUUCUUUUAUCCAUGUUUCGACUCAAUACAACGCUGCACCAUCUGCUCACAUUGGGGGUCAAUCUGGAAUGAUGUGCUCGUAAUUCAAGUACUAUGUCCAGUUUUACCAAAUCUGCCCAGCAAUGGGCUACAUUUGCCAGGUCGUGGUACCUGAUAGACGCUCGAAUGCAGCCUCCAGGGAAGAUUGCCACUAUGUGUGCAAUCAGGCUACAGGGGAAACACAAACCUAUCUACCAUGCACUGAGUGAUGUUGGAGACCAUGUAGUAGUCAUGAACAGCAGACACAUAGCCUUCUCUGGGAACAAAUGGGAGCAGAAGAUGUACUCCUCUCACACCCAGUACCCGGGUGGAUUUAAACAAGUCACAGCCACCCAGCUACAUUUGAAAGACCCCAAAGCGAUAGUGAAGCUGGCAGUGUACGGGAUGCUGCCUAGGAACCUCUCCAGAAGGACCAUGAUGCAACGGCUACACCUCUUCCCUGAAGAUGAUCUUCCUGAGGACAUCCUUCUAAACCUGACGGAGGAGCUGCCUCAGCCCAGAGAGAUCCCUCGCAGGCUGAAUGAGUACAGCCAGGAGGAGCGAGAAGCCUUCCCCACUCUGUGGACCCCACCUGAAGACUACAGGAUGAAGUGAUCCAUCAGAAGGCUGUUGCUAGGCGCCUUCUUCUUCUUCUGUCCUGUUACUUGUACUGGCAUUUACAUCCUGGUGACAUUUACUGUACACACCACAAACCUUUUUCUGUCGUCCCAAAUAAUGUACAAAAAUAAAACUAGUUCUCUUGUCAA